AUGCGUUCUGCCUAUACCACCGUCCCUCUGGCUCUGGCCCUCCGCGCCGCCGCCACCACCAAGGACUCCUGGGCCUUUGGAAACGGCUUCUACUCCGGCCCCUCGUCCGGCAACGCCCACAUCACCAAGGCCACCUGGUCUCUCGUGCCCCCCGCCGUGCCCGAGGGCGUCACCGUCGAGGACGAGAGCGACCAGGUCUGGGUCUCGCUCUGGAUCGGCCUGUCCUCGACCGCCGGUGACGAGGGCGCCAACCUGUACCAGCCUUUGCUGAACUGGUCGCCCGACCAGGAAUCCCAGGGCUGCUCGGCUAGCGCUGAGGAGUGGUGCGUUGCUGCUAGCACCUAUACUCCCGACGGCCAGAACGGCCAGGCCUACGUCACCGUGCCUAAGGACACGCAGGUUGACUUUGAGACCUCCGUCGAAAACAAGAAGGUCCUCCAGACCGUCACCAUCGACGGCAAGGUCGUGUCGAAGGAAUCCGACGCCCUGGACAGCGACCUCCUCUACCUCUACUCCGGAGAUGAAUGCUACACCGGCUCCGGCACCUGUGGCACCCUCGAGGCCUACAGCUACACCAACAUCACGAUCCACCUGAGCGAGGCCGACGAGAAGUACGGUGACACCCUCAGCUUGUACAGCGGCACUGCCUCGACCGGUUUCACCACCUCCGACAGUGGCAAGACGUGGCAUGCGGAUGCCAUCAAGAUCAAGCAGGACAAGUUCAGCAAUGUGCAGUAG